UUUCGUUUAUCUCAUUUCGUUCCAGUGUGUGUCGUGAUCUGAGGAUCGUUUCUGUCGUGGUCGUCGAUCGCGAGAAGGGAAAAAGGCAAACCGGAAAAACGAGCACGUUUCUAGCACAAGCGUCGGUUUUUUUACUUUCACUGUAAAAACGCUGAGAUGUGUAAACGCGUUCUCUUUCAUGAGCGACAACACUCUUUCGUCACUUUCCUGCCAGGUCGCCAGAGACCUUCGUAAAGAACCUUCCAUGUAAAUGCCAGCCCUCCAGAGUUUCUGCUUGACAUCCGGGCCCACAUAUUCUUGUCGGUGUGAGCGAAAAGCCCUUCCGGAUUUCUGCCGAUUUUCCCAUCAGGCUAUUCACUGUCGGUCUUUUCUCUUGAACAGUUUGCUUCUUUUAGAAAUCUGAAACUAGACAGAAAGGGUUGAACUAGAAAAACGAAGAAGCUCUUGGUGACCUCGAUCAAGAAAAAGCCAUGGAGUCCGGCGCAGCUGCGGUGGCCCGGGGGCCGCCGAUCGCCGAUCCAGAGGAAGUUGACGAAGGAAAGCGAAAGUACACACAAGCGACGCAAGAAAAGGAAGAAGGAAACCAGCUUUUUACAAAGGGACAAGUCCAGGAAGCAAUUGACAUAUGGCGUCAUGCACUGAAACUGUGCUACGAGCUCUCUGUAUCCGGAACAGCUCCCGACGCUGCUGCCAUGGGGAAGCUGCAGGUGGCGCUGGAGAGCAACAUCGCUGCUGGUCUUCUCAAGGAAGGCUUCUACUCGAGGUGCAUCGAUCACUGCGAGCAUGUUCUUCAAGUCGAUGCCGACAAUGAAAAGGCGCUUCUUCGGAUGGCCAAGGCACACUCCGAACUUCAGGAAUACUCAAAGGCCGAGCAGACGCUUCGGCGGUUGCUGGAGUUGCGUCCAGAUAACCAGGAGGCGAGCCGCUUGUACCGACAGAUACGCGAAGCGCGGGUGGAGCACAAGAAGCAGCAGAAGACACUGUUCAAAAGCAUGCUGGGGAAGGGGGAGAACGGGCAUGCUCUCGCAGUGUCUCCUCCGAAAGCCCAGGAGGAAGCCGACGCUUCCAGAGAUUCGCCAACCCCCUGGAUGUGGUCCGUCGAGUUUCACCCUAUGGACAGAGACCCGACUGUCUGGAAGGCUCCGCAUUCGAUUGAGAGCCUGACAGAAGAGUGCAACUUUCCGCUCACUCGUGGGCUUCCGUUGAGCAUUCUUGCGGCGCUGCAAGCGGCAGACAAAGUCCGACAAACGGCGGUUGGAGACGCCAAGAAAAACGCGUCCAGGCGUUUGGCAGGAGGCGAACAAGACGCGUCCGCGACGGGGACUGUGUGUGCGUCGGCGGCAGGGCAGGCAGGGCACCACGACCCAGCAGAGGACUUGUGGAGCUGGAGAUCGAUAAGAAAGGAGGUUCUCUGUGUGCAUUUGAUCGGCUCCACCAGCGCCCACGAAAUGGGCUGCAAGUUCACUGUUCUCAUGGAACGAUGGCCAAACGUGAAAACUCUCAUUCUGGUGUUCAUUGGAUUUCUGGGGCCUCAUGGAAAACUCGAAAAUACCCUGGAGCGAGGGAAACUUCAACCCCCCGCCGUGGUGAAGACAGAAGACGGUCGAGAGCAACUUGCGGUCCCCUUCAAGGGAACGUACGAAGAAUUUGUGCAGGCCGUUCCUGGAGUCCUGACCCAUGAGGAGUGCACCUUCUUCCCCGACUUCGCUGUCCUAAGCACACCGCUGUUUGCCCGAGAUCUGGACUCCUGGAAACCUGCUUUGAAGCUUCUUCUUGACGCGAAUGUGCUCUCGAUUGUGACAGUUAGCGGGCCUGUCACGGACCAACCUGGAGCAGAGCUCAAGGAGGAAGAAGAAGUUGUGCGACACCAGGGAGGGCGGAUAGUUGUGCCGACGUCAAGAAACGAAUUUCCGAUUAUUUUCCGAGUCCCCGGCGAAGCUGUGAAGAAACGUGAGGAGCUCGGCGCAGAUGGCGACAAAACAGAGUUCAUCGGAAACGAGUUCCUCACAUCUGGAGACACAGCCCAGGCAUCUCGACACUCGGCGGUCGUUGGCGCAAAACAUGCAGCCUUCUUCGUGUUCCGCGGACGAGACAAGUAACUGCCGUCAGGACAGCCGAGAAGCUCGUGUGCUCCUCCAAGACUCUCGUUUGCUCAUGUUUCUCAUGCAAAACGAAAUGUAGCAAAGAACAAAGAAAAUUGGGUUCGAGUUUGAGGGCGCUGAUGGCUGCAAACGCGUGGCGAAUGUGCAUACGGGAUGCGUCGGUUAUUGGUUUAGCAUUUCUCGUCUGUUACAAGGCCGCAGAUGAGCUGAAACUCAGACAGUUUCAUUUUUUCAGUUGUCAUGCCGUUCCAGCAAUGACGUUGAGAGUGUGGCAUCGAGGGAAACAUUCAGCUAAGCGUUGGAGUAUCGUUUGACAUGUAGCAAUUGCAGUUCAGCGUCGCUCUUCUCUCUAAUGUCCUUUCCUGUUGAAGACGUUUUACAGUCCCGUGUUCUGGUCCAAAGUCUGAAAAUUGUUUAACGCCGC